AGUCAUACUAAAUUAGUGGACGUCUUGUGACAGUUUUUUUAUCUCCAUAAAUAGCCGCAGUUCUGGUGCAUGUCCUUCCUCUUUAAAAAAAAAGGGUAUGAACUUUGGGAUCAACAAUGGCGGGCUGUUUCACGUUUCAGAGGGUUCCGGAAAGGAUAAUAAGGCAUUUUUUAAGGGUUCGAGGUGCGAGGAUCAACUUUGGUAUUCAGUCAGUCUUCAACAGCACAUCAGCUCAGCACCGUACUUCAUACCGAGCUGCCCUAUGCACAGAGCUGAAGAAGCCUCUCGUCCUGCAAGACGUAGCAGCAGCUGAACUUAAACCAGCUGAGGUAAGAGUGGCGGUCCAUUUUUGUGGAGUGAACUUUGCUGAUAUUCUGGUAUGUCAGGGACUGUACCAGGAGAAGCCUCCCCUACCUUUUAUUCCUGGGAUGGAGUUUUCAGGCUGUGUGGUUGAAACAGGACAGAAUGUGGUAGAAUUUCAAAAAGGAGAUCGUGUGAUUGGGGUCGGAGGGAGUGGAAUGGCAGAGCAGUGUGUUGUUGAUCAAAAGAUGCUGUGGAAGAUCCCCAAUGAACUAAGCUAUGAGGAGGCAACUGCUCUGCCAGUAUCUUAUGGUACAGGGCUGCUAGCACUAAAACACAGAGCAGCCACACAAGUAGGGGAAACAGUGCUGGUCACUGCAGCUGCAGGGGCAGCAGGGCUUGCUGCAGUUGAUAUUGCAUCCCAAGCUCUCCAAGCAAAGGUAAUAGCUGCAGCAGGAAGUGAUGAGAAGUGUGCCAUUGCUGUACAGAAAGGAGCAUUUGCAAGUAUCAACUACACAACCUGUAACCUGAAGGAGGAGCUAAAGAAGCUUACGAACAAGGAGGGGGUGAAUGUUGUGUUUGAUACUGUUGGGGGAGACAUUUUUAAGGAUGCUCUUAGUAGCCUACGCUGGGAAGGCAGAAUUGUAAUGGUUGGGUUUGCUGGUGGAGCCAUCCCUUCCAUUCCAGCCAAUCUGCUCCUACUUAAGAAUAUUUCAGCAAUGGGGGUUUUCUGGGGGCGUUACAGGGAAGAGAAUUUCCCUUUAUUCUCCCAGUCUAUUUCUCAAGCCAUUCACCUCUUCCAGGCAGGAAAAAUCAAGCCUCACAUUGGAGCCACAUUCAAGCUGCCACAGGUAAAUCAAGCCUUUCAUCAUGUGUUGCAGCGACAGUCUGUUGGAAAAGUGGUCGUAUCCAUGAAGUAAUGUACGCAAGAACACAUGAGUCAUGAUAGUAUUCCUCAGAAGAAAUCACAUACAACCUCAGUUACCAGGUUGUCUGGAGCAAUAGCUCUUUAGAAAAAGCUUCACCAAUAUUUCAAUUACUGUUUUUUCUUGUCACAAUGAAAUCAUGAAAUCAACUUGAAUACUCCUGUUUUGAGCAAUUCCCUAAAACCAUAUAGAUUACCGAUAUAGGUUUGAAUACUACAUGCUUGUACUACUGUAUCAUCAUGGUGUGUAGAGGUACUGUAGUACUAGGGAGGUGAAAAUACUGAAGUGCGAUCUCAGAAACAGCUGAUGAAAGCUUACAGUUAAUUAUUCAAGUCUUGUGCUUUAUUACAUUCUAGAAAAAAUAGCAGUUACUAUACUGAUAUCAAUAUCAGCAUUUCCUAUAAGUACACAUUUUGCUAUUCUGUUACAUGAACUGAAAUACAUACAGUAGCUCCGUCAAAUGA